AUGCCUCGAAGUAUAAUCCAACGCGGAGGGGGCAUUCUCCGAUAUCUUCAUCGCAGCGAUGCCCUGGUUCGUCCCUCUCGCGUGGCCGUCGCCAAUGGCCUUGUCCGACGCAUUUCCCUCUCUACGAAUCAUCGUCUGAUGAACCCGACUGCGAAAACAAUCCGUCCUUCAGUCAUUCUAUCGCGCCCUUUAAUCAACUUCUUUGCGACUACAAGUACUCCCGAUGAGGAGACCAAGACGGCAAAGUCGAAAGGAUCCAAAACUGGCAAGAAGACCACGAAGAAGCGUAGCUCGACAGCUAGAGCUAAGGCUAAGCCGAAGCCCCGCAAGAAGUUGACAGAGAAGCAGAAAGAAGCCAAGAAAGUCGAGAAGACGAAGGAACUAGUCAAGCAACUCCAGAAGACAGCGCUGGAACCUCCCAAGAAACUUAUAGAUAACCCUUGGAAUCUCACCAUCGCAACGGUGGCCAAAGAGAUACAGGCUCGCGGCGUCAAAGGAACAGACUUCGUCACGCAAUGUUCCCAUCUUGCACAGUCGAUCAGCGCGGAAGAGCGUGAGCGUAUUGCUGUCGAGGCAGAAGCCAACAAAGCUGCCAAUGCGGCUGCUUAUAACGAAUGGAUCAAACAGCAUACUCCUCUUCAGAUCAGAGACGCCAAUGCAGCACGCCGCAGACUCAGCAAGAUUAAGAACAAAUCUCUUCCUCUUCUCCGUGACGAUCGGCAGGUCAAGCGGCCUCGUACGGCAUACCUGCUUUACAUGCUGGACCGGACUGCCGAGGGCGACUUCAAAUAUAUGAAGGCCAAGGAUAUCGCAGUGCGCGUAACAGAGGAAUGGAAGGGCCUGACAACCACGGAGAAGGAGGCCGAGCAGGACUCUGAUACUGAGGACACACACAGUGUGCACUCUUCUCUCAGUCAUUGCCCUAGUCUGUUCAGUCACGAUGACCGUUCCUCCGUUUCUUCGGGACCAGUAUCGGUGUCAUCAGUGAACUUCCCACCUGACCGAGCUGCCAGCCUCCGUUUUAGACCUGAAAACAUCUACCCAGACCAUUUCACACUGGCGGACAUCGAGGUGCCCCGAGGCCGGUGGGUUUACCUUGCAUGCCCAGGAUCCAAGCGCAAGUGUCCACAUUGCAAAGUUCAUGUGAGUCACAGCGACUGCAUCGUUGUAGCAAUUGACGGAGCAUGCUCGAACAACGGCAAAAAUGGAGCUCGCUCAUCGUAUGGGGUGUGCUGGGGCUAUGACAACGUGCUGAACACCGCUACGGCUAUUGAGGGAGACCACCACACGAACCAGGUAGCCGAGUUACGAGCUUGCCUGAGAGCAUUGCAUGACGUACUUGUCGUCAAAUCUCUCAGGGAGGACAACGAAGGCGGUGUUCUUAACACGGUUGUCAUCAAGUCCGACUCGGAGUAUCUGGUCCGCGGCGUCACCGAAUGGCUCCCCAAAUGGAAGGAAAAUGGCUGGAAGAACAGCAGGGGACUGGAUGUGGUGAAUCGGGAACAAUUCAGGGCAAUUGAGCUUUUCACCGAGUUUUUGGAGGAACGACAAAUCAUCGUCAAGUUCUGGCAUGUACCUCGGGAGAAUAAUCGCGAGGCAGAUGCUUUGGCGAAAGGCGUCUUGAAGGGCGUCUCGAACCAGGGAUUGGGUUUGUUACCUCCAUUCUAG